AUGGCCGCCUCGAUGUCUGGAAGCCGGGACCUCCCCGUGUCGAAGCAUGACCUCAGCACGUACUGGGGAAGAGUCAAGCAGGCUGCAGAAAUCUCAGACCCAAGAACGCUCUUUGUAUCCGCUGCCGGACUGGAAAAUGCGAAGCGACUCCUUGCCUCGUACAAAGAUGGCCAGAUUGCGGCCAUGACGCCAGAGAUCUGGCAUGCGAAGAAGAUCGUGGACUCGACACUGCACCCGGACACUGGCGAACCAGUCUUUCUUCCGUUUCGGAUGUCUUGCUUUGUGCUCUCCAAUUUAAUUGUGACAGCUGGCAUGCUGACACCUGGACUUGGGGUGCGUCUGCCGACAUGGGCCCUUCUUCCCCCCCUGCAUGAUCCAGUUGAAGCUUUGGUCGCUAACCUCGGCCAGACAACGGGAACCCUGCUCUGGCAAAUCACCAACCAAUCACUCAAUGUCGCGAUCAACAAUGCCAACGCAAACAAAUCCACGCCCCUUUCCACUGCGUCAAUAGUUAAAUCGUAUUUCCUUGCCGUUUCCGCCUCGUGCUCGGUCGCCCUGGGCUUGAAUGCGGUCGUGCCCCGGCUGCGGAAGCUCACGCCGCAUACCAGGUUGAUUCUUGGGAGACUGGUUCCGUUUGCUGCUGUUGCUACUGCCGGUGCCCUGAAUGUGUUUCUUAUGCGUGGAGAGGAGAUACGCAAGGGCAUCGAUGUGUAUCCGCAGCCUACGGACGAGGAGAGGGCAAAAGGCGAGGUCGAUGGCGGCGAGGUUCAAAGCCUUGGAAAGAGUAAAAAGGCCGCAACGCUCGCGGUUGGAGAGACUGCAAUCAGCCGUGUGCUCAAUGCCACCCCGAUCAUGGUCCUCCCGCCGCUGCUGCUGGUCCGAUUACAGAAGAUGGAUUGGCUCAAGUCGCGGCCGCGUCUCGUUCUCCCGGUGAAUCUAGGAUUGAUCUUUGCGACCUCCGUGUUUGCGCUUCCACUUGCGCUGGGUGCGUUUCCGCAGCGACAGGCCAUCAGUGCUUCCAAGCUCGAGGAGGAAUUCUGGGGCCGUGGAGGCAAAGACGGACUAGUCGAGUUCAAUCGGGGAAUCUAG